UACCCUUAAAAUCUUUUUUAAAUGAUGCAAUGUCUUUGACCACUGCUGUCAAAAGUUUAAGGGAUAAAUUCAUAGAAUUUACUUCUGCAAAUGAUUCAAUGCCUACAGAUCGAGACGAGUUACUUGCUGGAGCAAGUGCUACUGAUCUUGAUAGCGCUUCACUAGACCAACGUGCCAGGCUUUUGAAUGGAACUGAACGACUUGCAGAUAGUAGUAGGCGCUUACAAGAAAGUCAUAGAAUUGCUUUGGAAACUGGUAAGUUAUUUUCAUAUCGUAGCUCAUGUUUCAUUGAAGCUUGCGAUAGAUUAAAUUAA